CGGUCACAUCAAACUUUCUUGUUGUGGAGCUGCUGCUGCUCGGGAGCAGAGGAAAAACUGAGAGCUGCUUGACAGAGCCCCCCCGCCCCCACCGCAGCUUCAGGGGACGUUGUCUGAUGUGUCCCCAGCACAUAAAGCCCCUGGCCUGGCCGUGGGGAUGGCAGCCUCUGCCUUGAACCUGAACGGCCUCGGAGUCAUGAACAGCAGUAAUCAGUUCCACCCCCAGCCCGGCUCCUCCAGCACCACCUCCCGAGCUAAAACCAGUCCGGUCGGCCGACCCGUGCUGCCGGUUCCAGAUCGAAGCACCUACUGUCCGUUACUUGGGGGAAGUCUCUACAGCCCAACGAGUCCCAAGACAAGCCCCCGAGCUCUGGGCCAAGCCUUUGUCUUCCCCGCUCCCACUUUGCUCCCGCCCAGCUCUCCGACCCGUCUCCGCCCCCCGUCCCCACGAAGCCCGGAGCACCUUGGAGUAAACGUGGGCCAGCGAGUCCGACGCCUGAGCGGGGACGAGAGGGGGGACGGCGACGGGCAGGAGGAGACGGGAGGAGAGACGAGAGGUGGAGAGCGGCGGGAGGAGAGGAGACGGCAGGCGCAGAUGCUGCAGAUCCACAGAGAGCUGCAGAACGUCGAGGUCCGAGGAAAAGUGGGUUAUUAUGAGGCCCACAUUUCUGGGAGUCGGACUCAGGUGCCUAACACUGAGUUCCAACGAAGCCCUCGGCCCGCUAGACGAGGAACUGGCCAAAGUCCUCCCCAUCCCAACCAAGGAAGCAUGGCUUUCGAAUUCCCAAUGACUCAGCCACAAGUGACUAAACUUCCCUCUGUUGUCCAAAAUGGCAGAGAAAUGGAAGAAAAAAUGACUGAAAGAGAAAAGAAAGAAGCGAGGGAUGAAGGUCAAAAGUACGGCAGCGCUACUAAAACAAAUAAAGAGAACAUGACACUGAUUUAUCAAAACGACUCCCGUUCAGAAACAACUACACAAACUCCCCUUGUCCUGCUCGUUCAAGAAAACGAUGCAACAGCAGAUGACAAAGGAGACAAACUGAGAGAAAGGGAGGGGGGAGACAAAAAGGAAGUAGAAAAUACAGAAAGAGGGGUAGAUGGAAGAGAACGGACAGAGAGAGAGCCGAUGGAUGGGAAAGAGGACCGACGGGGUCCUAAAGUGCUGCUUCAGACAGAUGGAAACGGGUCGGACGGUAACCCUGAAACCACGGUUUUACCUCAGGCACAAGACAAUAAGAGCUCCCCGUGUUUGGAGGAGGGCGAUCACACCUCCAUCAUCUCUUCCUCCCUGCCUCCCUCCAUCCCCGCGGUCAUAGUCACCGACCACGGUUUGGAGAGCACGCCUCAAACUACCGAAGGCUCRGGAUCCGAACAGGGGCGGUCCUGCUCCCGCAGCUCGAGUCCCGUUCCAAACUCCAGCACUCGGUCUUUAAGGAAGCUGUCCUCCUCCUCCACCUCCUCGGCUGGUUUCUCCUCUUCUUGGGAAGAGUCUGAGGAGGAUAUCUCCAGUGAUACGGAGAAGGGGGAGAACCUUCUCAACCCAGAACACCUAAGCUCUCAACAGAAAGCG